UCGUUACCUAUCGCUCCACAAAAGCCACAACCCUUUCAGAGCAAGCUACAUGAACAACUACUUCAAGGUCUCAGCGCGAGUGACGUCACCGAUCGAAACGAUAUUAGUGUGCACCCCGCUAACUAGCUAGUAAUUUCAUGCCGGUUACACACAGAUUACCGUUCGAUUUGAGAAGUGCCCUCCUCCUCCCUCCCCGUUUUUACCCGUUGCUGUGAGACGGGCCCGGUGCCCCGCGGCUGAGCAUAAUCGAAUCCGCCCAUUGUAACAACGUCGGAUACAAUGCGAGCGCUGCAGUUUCAUUGGUUUAUCAUUACAGAAAGGCGUGGUUAAAUCUUGUUUAUUCUGUUGAUUAUGAAAUGUCAACGUCAUCGAUACAUAAAACGUCAAAUGAUGGUUGAAACCUAUGACAUUGCAGUAUGUUUUGGCAUAUGAAAAGGUGAGAAAUUGGCUAUCUAACGUUAAGAAUGGCCGGCGCACGCGCCUUCGGCUUCAAGGAAUGUCGGAAGAUUGGAGGCUCUCAAAUAAGAAAUCUGCUUAAUGCAAAAGAUUUCUUCCUUUUCGAUUGCGAUGGCGUGAUAUGGCACGGAGAAAAGGCAAUAACUGGUGCCCCUAAGGUGGUGAGUUCUUUGAUCAAACACGGCAAAAACGUGUUAUUCGUUACAAACAAUUGCACUAGGCCACGUGAGAAUUACUUGAACAAGUUCCUCCGUCUGGGCUUUACUGAUGUUAUGCAAGAGCAGAUAUUCAGCUCCUCGUAUUGUUCGGCGCUUUACCUGAGAAAUGUCGCUAAGGUGCAAGGUAAGGUGUUUGUCAUCGGCGGCGAGGGAGUGCGUAAUGAACUGUUACAGGCUGGCAUUCCUUUCGUUGGUGACGAAGACGCGCCUGACGGCACUAUAUUUAACUGCGCAUUGGCCUCGGAUGUCAAAGCGGUCCUUGUUGGACAUGAUGACAAGUUUACCUUCCUUAAAUUGGCCAAAGCCUCCUGCUAUUUGCGGGAUCCAGAGUGUCUGUUUUUGGCCACUGAUGUGGACCCCUGGCACCCGCUGCAAGAUGGAAGGAUAUUGCCAGGUUCUGGAUGUCUGACAGCAGCGCUGGAAGUGGCCACAGGUCGGAAGGCCAUGGUGAUAGGCAAGCCCAGCCCCUUCAUGUUUGAGUGCAUCUCCAGCCAGUUCAGAGUGGACCCAGCCCAGUGCCUGAUGGUGGGUGACCGCCUGGAGACAGACAUGCUGUUUGGGGCCAACUGUGGCCUGGAUACCAUGCUUACACUCACAGGGAUCUCUCAGAUGAAGACAGCCCAGGAGUACAGAGACAGUGAUCACUCCACAAAUCAGAGCUUUGUACCAGACUAUGUAGUUGAUACUAUUGCUGACUUCUUACCUGCUUUUGAGAACUGACUUUGUGUUUCAGAUGGUGGUGUUGUCGGUUCACCAGUGUUGAGUGACUCUGCUGUUAUAACUGACUGUUCAAAGUAAUACUGAGUUUAAGACAGUUGUAGGAUCAUGAGUGAAAUGUUACUUCUAUAUUCCAGUAUUGGCUGUAAGAACUACUCAUCCCAGGUAAUGCCGUUUGUUAACAUUAAAGGUUCUAGCAAUCAGGUCUCAAUGUUGACAUUUUUGGCAGUGCAUGUAGGCCUACUGUAAAUAUCCCAAUGCAUUUUUUUUGUGUAUAGUGGUGUAAAUAUGAUAUGCUGUCUGUGUUCCAGAUACCCCUUAUGGGUUUUAGAAGAACAUGUGAAGAUCCAUAUUUCUGAAUGGCCUGUGACCGUUGCAGACUUACCACAUUGAUAUGCGAGGCUUGAGGCAAUCAAUACACAAAUAGUAUCGGAGAACACUGAAAACAUUUGAAGAAAAGCUUUGAGAUAAUGACUAUUUGUCUUUUCAGUGUAUUAUGAUCUUGUAAGUCAUCUAAUACAACUGGUGCCAGUACUGUCAGCUGAACUAUCCCUGUUGUGAACUCCUUUGCUGGAAGACUGAAAUGUGAGAUUUGACAUUCAUAUUAGCCUACUAUUUCCCUUGGGUGUGGUGUUUGACAUGUAUUGUCAGAUCCAAUAAAUGUAUAUUUUAUUUUA